CUCUGGUUAUAAAUGAGGCUGCUAAACCUUCCUUGUUUCUCUUCAUGUAUCAUUUGCUUUCAGCUGAUGAGUUGUCCUGUGCUACGGUGUUUCUAUGGUGAUGUCAGUCAGAAUGGCUCUUCUUCCUCUCAUCUUCUCUCUCAUGAUUCACAGGGUUUCUGGUGCUGAUUGGGGUGUGAGUUACAGACAUUCACACAUCUGUGCACUAAAGGACUCAUCAGUGACAAUCUACUGCACUUAUACAUACCCUACUGGAUACAAGAUAAAGAAAACAAUCUGGACCAAAACACUUGUUAAAGAUAAAGAGUCAAAUGAAGCUGAAGAUACAAGUAAAUAUGAAAAUAAAAGUGAAAAGAAACAUGAAGAUGCUCAAGAUCUGUCUGAGGACCCUGAAUACAGUCAGAGGCUUCAGUAUCUGGGAGAUAAACAGAAGAACUGCACCAUCAGACUGAGUCAUGUGACACAGAAGGAUUCACACAUGUACUAUUUCAGAUUCACUACAAAAAAAACGAAAAAGAAAUGGAUUGGUGAUCGAGGAGUGUCUCUUACUGUCACAGAUCUUCAGGUGGAGUCUCCUGAGAGAGUGACAGAGGGAGAUUCAGUCCGUCUGACAUGUAAAAGCAGCUGCGCUCUGACUGACAGAACAACAUUCAUCUGGUACAGAAACUCACAGCCAUUAACUGAGAGAAGAGACAGAAACAAUCAACUCCUGCUGCAGUCAGUCAGAAGAGAGGAUGCAGGCAGAUACAGCUGUGCUCUACAGGAACACACUUACAUCUCUCCUGCUGUUCAGCUCAGUGUCACCUACCCUCCAAAGAGUGUCUCAGUGUCCAUCAGUCCAUCUGGUGAAAUAGUGGAGGGAGAUUCAGUGACUCUGAGCUGCAGCAGUGAUUCAAACCCACCUGCAGAAAUCAACUGGUUUAAAGAAGGAACAUUUGUAGGAUCUGGAAGAAUCUACAGCAUCUCAAAGAUCAGCUCUGAUCACAGUGAAGAAUACAAGUGCAAGUCCAGAAAUAAACAUGGAGAGAAAGACUCUGAUACUGUGACUUUAAAUGUCAUGUAUCCUCCAAAGAACAUCUCAGUGUCCAUUAGUCCAUCUGGUGAAAUAGUGGAGGGAGAUUCAGUGACUCUGAGCUGCAGCAGUGAUUCAAACCCACCUGCAAAUAUCAGCUGGUUUAAAGGAAGAACGUUUGUAGGAUCUGGAAGAAUCUACAACAUCUCAAAGAUCAGCUCUAAUCACAGUGGAGAAUACAAGUGCAAGUCCAGCAAUCAACAUGGAGAGAAAUACUCUGAUGCUGUGACUUUAAACAUCAUGUAUCCUCCAAAGAGUGUCUCAGUGUCCAUCAGUUCAUCUGGUGAAAUAGUGGAGGGAGAUUCAGUGACUCUGAGCUGCAGCAGUGAUUCAAACCCACCUGCAAAUAUCAGCUGGUUUAAAGAAGGAACGUUUGUAGGAUCUGGAAGAAUCUACAGCAUCUCAAAGAUCAGCUCUGAUCACAGUGGAGAAUACAAGUGCAAGUCCAGCAAUCAACAUGGAGAGAAAUACUCUGAUACUGUGACUUUAAACGUCAUGUAUCCUCCAAAGAACGUCUCAGUGUCCAUCAGUCCAUCUGGUGAAAUAGUGGAGGGAGAUUCAGUGACUCUGAUCUGCAGCAGUGACUCAAACCCACCUGCAGAAAUCAGCUGGUUUAAAGGAGGAACGUUUGUAGGAUCUGGAAGCAUCUACAGCAUCUCAAAGAUCAGCUCUGAUCACAGUGGAGAAUACAAGUGCAAGUCCAGAAAUAAACAUGGAGAAAAAUACUCUGAUGCUGUGACUUUAAACAUCAUGUAUGCACCCAGGAGUGUCUCAGUGUCUGUCUCUGGUGAAAUAGUGGAGGGAGAUUCAGUGACUCUGAGCUGCAGCAGUGAUUCAAACCCUCCUGCAGAAAUCAGCUGGUUUAAGGAGGAUCAAAGCUCCUCUGUUGGAUCUGGACAGAGUUUCAGUGCACUACAGAGUGGACGCUUCUACUGUGAGGCUCACAAUCAACACGGGUCUCAGAGAUCAGAUGCUGUCACUGUCACAGGAGGAGGUAAAACAGUCCUGUACACAGCUGUUGUGAUUGCAGCCGGAUGUGGAGUUUUAUUUCUUAUCUGCAUCAUCAUGUUCAUAAGGAAGAGAAAAAGUGCAGUGUCUGACGUCAGGCAGAAGCAGGUUCACUGUGAUGAUGGUCUGCAUGCCAGAGUUUCAAUCAAGAGACCCAGCGCAGAUCAGACCGCAGGAAAAACCAUAAAGACAGUGUACGCAAUGGUCCAACACGUCAAAAACAAUAAGAGCAAUGAGAAUCUGACAGUGCACCAUCCUGAUCCUGCUGCGAGAUCCGAUGCGAUGGUGGGUAAAUCGGUGAUUUACAGCAAAGUCAAAUGAUCCAGGACCUGUCACAUGGAUUGAAAAUGAAGCUGGACUCCAGCUGAGUGUACAAAUACCUACAGCAGCUUUGAAUCAGAUGUUUAUAAUAGCGUUUUAAAUGUGUGUCAAGUCACAUUACAUUUCUCCCUGUCAGUAGUUGAACAGGAAGUACUGGUCAAACAUACCAAUACCACAAACUAAGAAUGUCCAUGGUGGUUAUUUACAUGUAGAUCAUUUUAAGACUGUGGUCUGUGAUUUGGGGCGUCUGUGUGGAGAAGUUACAACCUCAACAAGCUGCAUUUAAACGCCUGUCGAAACACUUUCUGUUAAUAGCAUGUUUUGUAAUGUUUCCAAAGAUUUGCGUAAUUUUCCAUGAAUUGCAGUCUCUGUGUUACGUGUCUUAGUCACUCUUCAGUAAGCAUCCGUUUUUGUCUUUUGUGUCUCUUUUUCAUGCUUCAUAAAACAUGUUUAAUGCUUUGACAUUAUAAGUGCAUGCAUGUUUAGUGUAUUGGUGUAUUUUAAGAUUUUAAUAAAGUUUAUAUAUGUA